AUGUACGCGCCUAGCGGGUUUAUGGCGGAACGUCUUAUCACGCAAAUUGGGUACAACCCGAGCAAGUGCCGGUACUUCGUACCAGUGCUAAAACGGUGGAACACCAUCCCUUGGAUGCGCCAACCCCUCCGAGGUACCCGAUUGCGCCUGCUCCUGCACCAACGGCGUCACUUUCAACCAGCCUCUCUCCCGAGCUCUUCUGGUCCGAUGAUUCCCAACAACUGCCAGGCGGACAAGGAAGCAUGCCUCUUACGCGAGCAGGAAGCCAUUGCCAAUCUCAACGAACAAACGAAAACUUGCAAUGCACGCGAGGAAAUGCUGAUGAACCAGCUCAAUGAACAAACGACAACGUGCAAAGCGCGCGAAGACCUCUUGACAGCCCAGUUCAACACAGCAAACGCCGAGUUACUUCUCAAACAGCAACAGCAACCCAAGUGCGAUGCCAUGCUCGCCGAAGAGAGCAUCCGACGAGCACGCCACUUCCGGUACCAAGGGUGCUACACCGAGAGCAGAGACCGCGUGUUGGGAGGGGAAAAAAGACUUCCGAUUCCGCGAUGA